CAAGUUUCCACUGAGGCUACAAGUGUUACAGGGUUUCCUGUUGAUCAGACAUUGCUCAGCGGCUGCAUAAAGCACUGAUGCAGAUCACACUUAGACCUAAGAAGUACAAGAAUCACAAAUACUUCACUUAAUACUCUCAAACAAAUAAUUGAAUAUAAAAAUCAAUCAUUACGAGUCUGGAUCUGCGAAAUACGACAAUGAACAGCUGUGUCGUGAAACUAUGCAUAUUUCUGUUCCUUGCAGAGGGUACUCUGGGAGCAGAGAUGACCAUCAAUGUGAGCACUAGUGCUUCAGUUACGUUUGUAUGUUCCAAAUAUGAGCACUUAAUAAAGUGUUCCUGCCCUUCAUACCUUAAGGAUUGCCACAUAUGUAUGGAAAGGACAGAUCUGAGAUUUCCUUCUACAAUCAAUAAUCUUGAGAAAUAUUUCGAGUUAUCUGGACUCGAGCACAGUAACUCAGGACUGUAUGCGUGCUACGACUGGAAAAUUGGGCAAAAGUACAGAUUAAAUGUGUUGAAAGAUCAAGACCAAACUGUUGUGAUUGGGACUGUGGGACAAUCAAUAGUUCUAUCAAGCAGCAAUAAACUGGACAUCAUGGCCGCCUCGGAGAAACACUGGUGCCGCUUGGACAAUGCAAAUGUCUGUCAGCCAAACACGGUCAUGGGUCCUGAAAAUGGACCCAGAGGGGAUUUCCAGAUCCUGGACACUGACAGCUCCUUCUCUCUGGAGAAACGCAACGUAACACACAACGAUACAGGAUCCUACAGAUUGACACUGAUUUUUCCAAAUCAGACAAAGGUCUAUGUAGUGAAACUCCAGGUUACAGACAAAGACAAUAAUUUGCAGAUCAUACAUGUUCCAGAUAACCCCAAGCUUGAGAUCACAUGCCAGUAUUCCCAGGAGUUGCAAAAUUUUUCGAAAUCUUGGCUAUGUGACAAUUCAGAGUGUCCCGACACAGUGAGGAGUGUAGAAGAUAGAUUCAAGUCCGCCCUAGUGUUGACUCUUGAUCAUGCGCCUUGCUCAAAAAUUAAACAGUUCAUGUGUGUGGCAAAGACUUCAGGGAGCCAUAAGAAUUCCAAUGUUUAUUUAAAACAUUAUAGGCCAAAUGACACUUUGUGA